AUGCAAUCCCUUUCAUCCUCGAGCAUAGCACCUAUCCCCUCCGUUCCGGGGUUGUAUAUCUCUGACCGUUUCGCAGCACGCUCCUUGCCGCUCCUAAAAAGUCUCAAUAUCACCGCUAUUCUCUCACUCACUUCCGCUGCUGAAGUGCCGCGGUUCCAGCCUGAUGCCAUCGAGGGAUUGGUGCAGAAACAUGUGGACGUGGAUGAUGAUCCGACGGAAGACCUCUUUGGUAUCUUGGAGGAUUGCUGUGACUGGAUUGCGCUGGGAUUAGAUGCUGGAAAGGGAGUAUUGGUGCAUUGCACACAAGGCAUCAGCCGCAGCGGCAGUGUUGUCGUCGCUUUUGUUGCGAGGAAGUUGAAAGUUGAUUAUCUUACUGCACUGAAGACGGCACGCAAGCAUCGACCGCAGAUUAAUCCGAAUCUGGGCUUUGAAUGGCAGUUGAGGAUUUGGAUUGAAAUGGGAUGCUCUGUGAGUGAAGAGAAUGGGAGAGAUAAGAAAACUUAUAGUGAAUGGAAGAGAGCGAGGGAUGAACUAUUUGGGAAGGGUGAGGAGGCGGUCUUAAGGGCUAGGAAGACGGCGGUUGGGGUUGCUGUUGCGAGGAAGGGAAGAUUGAAAGGAGAUGGAGGGGAGGAGGAGAAGGAGGAGGGUGUGGAGGUGGUUUGGAGGGAGAGGUUGAGGAGUGGGUGGGUGCCUUGGUGA